CAGCUGGAGGCCUUCUCCACCGACAUGAAAAAAUUCAUUGAGGGUCCCAGCAGCCACAGCGUCACCCUCCCUCCGGACCUGAAGUCGGCCAUGAAUGCGGUUCUGUACAUCGCGGAGCAGCUCCAGGAGGAGGAGGACCACGACGCGCUGAGGGAAGACUGGGAAUACGUGGCCUUCGUGGUGGACCGCCUCUUCUUCUGGACCUUCAUCAUCUUCACCUCCAUCGGGACCCUCAGCAUCUUCCUGGACGCCCUCCUCCACUUGCCCCCGGACCAGCCCUUCGCUUAAAAUGCAGCCAUCCUUGGAAAAGGGACAUCAUCCUACAUAUAUGAGGGAAUGCAUGCCAUUCGACCCCACUUCAACUGCCGUGGCUCAAUGCACGUGUCGCUUUGCAAGGUCUCCUUUGCAUCUACACCGUGGAAUUAAUGCUGUUUUGACACCAGUUAAUGGGCACGAUCCUAUGCUAUGGAAUCCUGGGAGUUGUAGUUUGGUGGAGCCGCUUUAUGUAAGUAAUAGCAAUAGUAAUGGAGCCCCAGCCUUCUUUUGCAGGGAAGGCUCAAGACCUUGGGAUAACUACAAACC